AUGGCGCACACCCUUGCCCAGGCCCGCGCUUGGAAUGCUACCCUCAAGACCGCUCGUCCUGAGCUGACUGCCCUCUUUGUGGGCGGUACUAGUGGUAUUGGACGCAGCACUGCUAUCAAAUUGGCAGGUUCCAUUGCCAAACCGACGAUAUACAUUGUUGGCCGCAAUGAGAAGGCGGGUGCGCAGAUUCUCGAGGAGAUGAAGGCAGCCAACAACAAUGGUUCUUAUUCCUUGAUCCCAGCCGAUGUGUCCGAUCUUCGCAAGGUGGAUACCGUUUGCCAGGACCUGAAGUCCAAGGUCAAAGCCCUGGACCUUUUGUUCCUCAGUACUGGAGGUAUCACUUUCAGCAAACAAGAGACUGAUGCGAAGAUCGAUGUCAACCACAUCCUUCGGUACUACAGCCGCAUGCGCUUUGUUUACAAUCUCCUUCCUACUCUUGAGGCCGCCAACAGCCCUCGCGUGGUCAGCAUUCUCGCAGGUGGCAAGGAAAUCAACAUUGAAGAAGACAACCUAGAUCUCCAAAAGGAGUUCUCCUUCUCGGCCAGCAACGGCUAUCCAACUUCUAUGACAUCUCUUGCAUUCGACACUCUCGCUUCGGAGCACCCAUCAGUCAGUUUUCUUCACGUCUUCCCUGGUAUUGUUGCGACCCCCCUGAUGAACAAAACCAUUGGAUCCGUUCUCGGUACUAUCGUGGGCUUCCUCGCUAAGCCCAUUUCCAUCUCCAUGGCGGAUUCUGGCGAGUGGCAGACUCGGCUCUCCACUUCUACCGAUUUCCCUUCCAAGCAGGACUCUACUGAUGCAUCCGCCGUUGGUUAUUACAUGCUCAAUCACGACGGAAAGGAUUCGACCAAUAAGGCGUUGAUGGAGGAGCUUCGCGAGAAGGGUUUCCCCGCUAUUGUUUGGAAGCACACCCUUGCCACUUUCGAUCGUAUUUGUGCUUAA